GGGGGGAGGGGCGGGGAUAGCAUCUGGACACCACGGGCUUCUGCUAGCCUCCGGUUCCGGGUCCGGGGUUGGGGUCCUCAGGGUCGCAGAGCCCCAGGGCCGGCGUCCAGGCCAGGUUGGGCUGCUUGCUGCCUCCCGUGUGCAGCGGCGGCAGCAGGCGGUCGCCAGGUCUGCGGUCGGAGACGUCACAGCCCGGUGCGGGGCACCGGUGGCCGGUGUUAAGCAGGCGCGAUGUUAUUCUCGCUGCGGGAGCUGGUGCAGUGGCUGGGCUUCGCCACCUUUGAGAUAUUCGUGCACCUGCUGGCCCUGUUGGUGUUCUCCGUACUGUUGGCACUGCGAGUGGAUGGCUUGACUCCGGGCCUCUCCUGGUGGAACGUCUUUGUGCCCUUUUUCGCCGCCGACGGGCUCAGUACCUACUUCACCACCAUCGUUUCCGUUCGACUCUUCCAAGAUGGGGAGAAGCGACUGGCUGUGCUGCGCCUCUUCUGGGUUCUCACCGUCCUUAGCCUCAAGUUUGUCUUUGAGAUGUUGCUGUGCCAGAAGCUAGUGGAGCAGACUCGAGAGCUCUGGUUCGGCCUGAUCACGUCUCCGGUCUUCAUUCUCCUGCAGCUGCUCAUGAUCCGGGCUUGUCGCGUCAACUAGCCUCUUGCAGUGGCUGGAAAUGGAGCACUGCGCAGCUGGAGUUCUGGACCUCCCGGUCCUGACCCAACUUGGUGCCACACUGGUGGAGCUUUGGUCAGAAAUCAGUGUUUGCUUGUGCCCAGUUUACUGUCCAGUUUUCUUUAUAUAUAAGAUCGUUUCCUCGAGCAAAGCUUAAAAGUGAAGUCUUGUUUAUUAAAACUUAUUUCCAGUUAUUCAUGCUCUGAAUUGCCAGUCAAUACUGAACUUUUCCAGCAUUUGGAGACUGCAUAUAA